GCGGGGCGGUGUGGGCCGGGCCAGGCUGAGGUGGGCCGGGUUUGGGCGGUGAGGGCUGGGCUGGGCUGGGACGGGACCGCACUCCUUUAUCGCCAAAGCCCGGGCCACUCUUCCCACACACGCGGACCUUGGUCGGGGCAGAAGCGGCUCAGGUAAGAGCGCUCGGUGCCUCCCCCGAGUCGCUGCGGAGGGAGGAGGGACACGCGUGUGCUCCGAGCGCGGUAAGGGACGCGCGCUGCCGGGAUGGAGCAUGUCCGUGCUGCAGAGCUGAUCACAGCUUGGAUGCUUAACCGGGGGGGAAAGGAAAGGAAACGUAAUGCAAGGUACCUCCGUCCCUCUCCCGAGUGCGGGAGGAAGCCUGGCUAACUGCUCCAUCAGCGGGCAGGCAGCAGGAGAGGCUUCCGAAAUUCCUGUACCAGCAUGAUCCCUCCCGCCUACUUUUUAAAAAUUACGUUUUAGCCUUCGGGACUGUGGUUGAGCUGAAGUGUGGGGAGAAUGGGAAAUCACUAAUUCUGUCUCUAUAAUAGCCAGGGAAUUUUAAAUUACGGGUUGCCCUUGCUGGGUGCAGUGCAGAUAGAGGACACAUCUGAACACCUAGAUUUAGGAUGCUGUUACAACAGUCACUCCCAAUUUUUUCCCUUCCUUGCCAGGUUUGGCACUACUGUAUUCAGUUAAGUUGCAUGCCAGGGUAUUUAAUCUCUGUUCUUAGUGCUCUCCCAGGCUAAAUAAGUCCCUGAGGAGUUUGGCUGCAUCCAUUGCAGUUUGCUGGAAUCUCAGCAGCUUCCAAGCACCAGGACUCAGCUGACAAAAAAAGCAGUGUCACAAUGCAUCCCUCAGGGAUGACGUGGGCUCUGCAUCUGCACUCUCAUCUUUCUAUAGUCCUGCAGCACCUGCACCUGGAACUUAGGGCAGCAGAGAGCUUUUGGAGUUCAGAAUUAGCACAUGGAGUUAGAGCAAACACUUCUAACUUAAUUCCUCCAGCUAUGAGGCCAUAGGCAAUAGAAUAUUUGAGAGCAUCAGCUGAAUUAUUUUCAGUUAUGCUCAGGCCUUUACUUUAUACAGACUUCUGACUAAGGCAAUUAAAUGCCAGCACUCUGAGGGAAAGCCUGUCAGAUAGAGAAUGAACCACUGCAGAGGUGGCUGGCAAGAUGCUUGGCACUGAUAUUUGAGUACUGCUUUGCAGCAUUUGUUAUCAGGGAUGUUCUUAAAGGCACAACAAACACCCAUGUGCCUCCCUCUGCAGAGGAAACCAUUACUAAGAAGCUGAUUUUUGCAGCAGCAGAGAUUUUGGAAGGACUGAUUCCAGCCUGGAAAAUGAACAAACUGCCCACAAUUGCAGUUGUCAAAUACACACAUUUUGUGGGCAGAUUUAAUUCAGGGCUUUUGAAAUAUAAAUAUAGGAAUCUGCUUCAGGAUAUUAACUUAAUAACAAACAGGAGACCUUGGGGCUAGGAAGCAAAAUCAUGCCUUCAGCUAGCAUAUUUAUUUUCCCUUUUUUCUACUGCAUCCAUGUCUGACAUUGCUGAGGGUGGGAAACUCUCACCACUCCUUUCCACCAUCUGUCAGGCAGUUGUGGCCAGCCUGCCCCAGGGAUGGAGUCCCUCCCUGAAGCAGUCCUGAUCCGAAUCCUGGCCUCCAUACCUGCGGUGGAGCUGGUGCUCGUGUGCCGCCUGGUCUGCUGCCACUGGAAGAACCUGGUUGAUGGAGCUGCACUUUGGAUCCUGAAGUGUCAGCAGGAAGGCCUCACCAGAGCAGACUCAGAUGCAGAGGACUGGCAAAACUUCUACUUCCUGAGUAAGAAAAGGAAGAAUCUCAUCAAAAACCCAUGUGGUGAAGAAGACUUGGAGCACUGGGGAGAGGUAGAGAAUGGAGGUGAUGGCUGGAAAAUUGAAGAGCUCCCAGGGGACUUUGGAAAAGAAUUUCCUAGUGAAGAAGUCCAUAAAUACUUUGUUACAUCUUAUGAGUGGUGUCGAAAGGCUCAGGUCAUUGACCUCAGGGCUGAGGGCUACUGGGAAGAGCUGAUGGAUACAACCCAGCCUAAAAUCAUGGUAAGAGACUGGUAUGCAGGACGCAGAGAUGCUGGCUGCCUCUAUGAGCUGUGUGUGAAGCUGCUCUCUGAGAAUGAGGAUGUGCUGGCUGAGUACAAAAGUGAGACUGUCACCAUCCCACAGGAUAAUGAUGCCAGCUGGACUGAGAUCUGCCACACCUUUUCCAGCUAUGGUCCUGGGGUCCGUUUUGUGCGCUUUGAACACGGUGGGCAGGACACGCUGUUCUGGAAGGGCUGGUAUGGUGUCCGUGUCACCAACAGCAGUGUGACAGUGGAGCCAUAGCUGUGCUUACCCAGGAUCUGCAUGCUGGAGCUGACUUCCCUCAGGGCAUCCCCGAGCCUUUGGAUGGUUUCUGCAUGGUGCUGCCUCUGGCUAUAGAGCAUAUGGCCUGUCUGCAUAGGAACAUGCCUGCAAGGUGCCAGGAGCCACCACCCAGCCUUCUUCAAGAGGAUCUAUGCAAAGAAUGUGAAUGAAUUUGUGAAUGCACCACAUGACUCAGCCUCACCACUUGCACUGAUGUUCUCCAUCAUACAGGAGAUCACCUAAAAAUCCUGCAGAUCUCCCCUCUUAAGUCUCUAAUCCUUUAUCAGGUAUCUCUCCUGCCUGCUUCCCUGGCUUGGGCACUCCUUAACUUGAAGGGAUACUUUAAGUAUAUUUUCUGGAAGUCGGAGUGCAAAGAAAAGAAUAAAGAAAACCACAGAGCCUGUGUCUCAAAACAUACCAGGGAAACCCAGAGCCCUGUCCCCAGCUGUUUCCAUGAUCUGCAGUGAGAACCUUGGGUUCUCCCAUUUAUAAACAGGUAACAUUGUUUACCACAGAGGGGCUCUAGCUUGGCUGUCAAUGCUAUUAGGUAAAUUUUUAGUGAUAAUGCAAAGCAAGAGAGAUUGAAUCCUUUUCUCUUACACUGUUCCCAGCAUCUGUUUAUCAAGGAAAGUGUUGGGAAGAGAAAUCUGUCUGGUGUCCAACCCUGGGGCUUCAUUUGUCUCCCUCAGAGAGAUGGCAUCUCGGAUUAAUUGCUGGGGGAGAGAGGGAUGAAAACAACUUUAGGAAAUGAGUUGGGAAAAAAUUUGGGCUAGGAUCCAGGAAUAAAUGAAAAACUCAUGUAACCCUUCCUGGCCUCUGUGUGCUUCAUAUAACAAGCAUCACCACUGUGAUUCUGCUAGCAGGACACAGAAAGCUGCUGACCUUGCUCCACCUCUACUGACUUGUCUGCAACAAGUACACAUCUGCCUCUGCCAUGUGCUUGCUGACAAGACAGCACUUCAGUCUCCCACUUGUGCUUCUUGACAUCACUCAGGGCUGUGAGCCCCAUCCUGAACAGACCCCUAAGCUUCCCUGAACCAAGACUGUCCCUGCUAGUUCUUCCACUCAGAAGAGCAUCCCCUAACAGAGCUGGUGUUGCCUAAAGAAAGUAUUUAUAUUUUUGUGUCCCUCUGUCUGCCUUCCUUCCCUGGGCUGCCAUUUAAGUGCCCCCUUACCCAUGCAGUGACAGCUACUGCCUGCAGCCAAAGGAAGGAGCUUCCCACCUGGCCACUGUGCAUGCUACUUCCUCAGGCUUCCUGCUCAGCUGCACCUGGGUGCCACACCCACCAGAGGCAAACAUAAUAAAGUGACACAAUUUCGUGUGG